UUCCAGGUCUGGACAGAGAGACUCACCCCUGUCUUUACCUUCUUGGGGGUACCAAGGGCCAGUUGUUCAAGCUGUUGACCCCUAUGCAGCUGGUCAUGGCUCCGAGCCCUGAGGACAAGUCCACGAGAAGAAUGUCUUGCUACUGAGAAAACUCCAGGCUGCCUCUACCUGCCCAUCCCCCUCCCCACCCAUUUCCCCUGUCAAGGUCCCAGCGCUGGUGUGUGGCACCCCAGACACAACACUGACGCUCCACACUGUUUGCCAAGCCCCAAAGGCUCCAACGUGCUCAGGCCAGCUCUCUGGGCAGACCCGAUGCCUAAGCGCCCACCAAUAUCAGGUACUGGUCCCCAAGAUUGUUAAACAAGGCCAAACACUCCUGCCCCCGAGAGGAUGGGACGGAAAAAGAAAAAGGUCGCCGAGAGCCCAGAGGAGCCCCUGAACACAGUGCAGAGUGUGGAAUCUGUCACCAGCCACCUGUCUCCCUCUAAUAAGGAGACCAUUGUGGUCACUCUCCAUGGGGCCACCAACUUGCCCACCUGCAAGGAUGGCUCUGAGCCGUGGCCUUAUGUCAUGGUGAAAACCACAUCAGAGGACAUGAAGAACCAGAAUGCUAAGGCAGUCACAUCUGUGACCUCCAAGCCCACCACAGCCCCCAUCUGGGGGGACACAGUCAAAGUGGAGCUCCAAGCUGAGGAUGCAGGGCGAGAAGAUGUGAUCCUCAAGGUGAUGGACAAUAAAAAGAAAGAGGAACUGUUGUCCUACCAAAUCCCCAUCAAGUACCUGCGUGUCUUCCACCCCUACCAUUUUGAGCUGGUGAAGCCGGCCCAGUCUGGAAAAGCUGAGGGAGCCACUGACAAAACCCACCUGUACACCACCAUCGUUCGGAAGGGGAGCUUCUUCCCCCGCUACAUCGGCAACAACCACACAGCUCUGGAGGUCUUCCUCCGGGGAGUCAACGAGCCCCUGGUCAACAAUCCACACCCCAUGGUGGUCAUUGCCAGGGUGGUUCCCAACUACAGUGAUUUUAAGGUCCAUCAGGUAAAGCAGGAUCCAGCGUUCGUAGGGCUGCCCAUCACCCGACUCUCCUUCCCUGUCUCAUCUGUGAUGUACUUUGAUGUUCCUCGGGUCAGCCAGAACGGGUGCCCUCAGCUGUCCAAGCCAGCGGGACCCCCAGAGCUGCCUUUAUGGAACCAAUCCUUCCUCUUCCAAGGCCGAGACGGAGCCACCAACUUCUCGGAAGACACAGCCCUGGUGCUGGAGUACUACUCCUCUGCUUCCAUGAAAGGCAGUGAGCCAUGGACCCUCAGCAAGCCCUUGGGCGUCUCCGUGUUGCCGCUAAAGAGCCGUUUGUACCGCAAGAUGCUGGCAGGGAAGGGUGUGAAUGGGCUGCGUGUGGAGAAGCUUCCCAUCACCGACACCAAGCUGAAAACCAUCAAUGGCGAGGCCCCCACAGUGGAUAUCUCCUUCCAGCUGCUCUCCUCUGAGAAGCCGGAAGACUUCUUGACUCCAAAUAGCAGCCAGGUUCUGCCCAUCCUGGACCCCAAGAUCUUAGAUGAGAAGCUGGGUACCAUCCGUGAGUCCUGGUCCAAGGCCACGGUGAGCUCUAGUAUGGACUCCAACCCAUCUACCUCUCAGGAAACGGAGAUAGAGCCUCAGGUGCCCAAGAUGUCCCAUGAAAUGGAGUUGAACAACUACCGGAGGGCCAUGCAGAAGAUGGCAGAGGACAUCCUGUCGCUGCGGAAACACGCCAGCAUGCUGGAGGCUGAGAACCGCAUGCUGAGGAGCCAGCUGACCCAGGAGGGAGAAGAGGAGGAGCCAGACAACGGCAACAAAGCCCAGAAGCUGGAUGAGGUGUCCAUGAAGCAGAAACUGCUGCUGAGUGAGUUGGAGCUGAAGAAACUGAGGGACAGAGUGCAGCAUUUGCAGAAUGAGCUGAUUCGAAAGAAUGAUCGAGAGAAGGAGCUGCUCCUCCUGCACCAGGCUCAGCAGCCACAGGCGGUGCUGCUGAAGCGGUACCAGGACAAGUUGCAGAAGACGAAGGCGCUGGAGGAGACCGUGCGGCACCAGGAGAAGGUGAUCGAGAAGAUGGAGCGGGUACUGGAGGACCAGCUGCGGGACAGGAAGGAGCCCCUGCUCAACAGGCUGCCGGGAAAGCCCACCAUGGCCUUCCCUGCGCUCUCUGCCUCUGGCCUUCCCCCGGGGCCAACAGGAGAGAACCUGCCUGUGGACCUGUACUCAGUCCUGCUGGCGGAAAACGCCAGGCUGCGGGCAGAGCUGGAGAAGAACCGCCACCAGUCGGCCCCCAUCAUUCUGCAGCAGCAGGCACUGCCGGUGGACCCCAGGGAGUUGGGAGCAGGAGGAGACCUGGCAGAGAGACUGCAAGAGACAGAUGGCCCAGGCUACUCCAAGGGCACAAAGGCCCUGCCCGCACAGGAUCUCCUUGCCAGCACCUCCGACAAGUUCAACCUUCUGGCCAAGCUAGAACGAGCUCAGAGCCGGAUCCUAUCCCUGGAAAGUCAGUUAGAGGACUCAGCCCGACGCUGGGGACGCGAGAAGCAGGACUUGGCCAUACGGCUGCAGGAGCAAGAGUACGGCUUGAACUCCGUCAUCACUGACCUGCCCGUGAGUGAUCUCUCUGGACAAGCUCCGUGGGGUGCAGGCAGCGUGGCUGGCAGUGGCUACCCUCGACCCCAAGUUCCUGGGCCCUGAGAAGAACCGUCCGGGGGGACCUGCUCCCCACUGGAAGUCAGAAGACCUGCGCUCAGUGUCUGCCCUAUUACCAUCAGGAGCCCUGGCCUGGUCUCCAUACCCCACCUGCCCAAGGGGAAUAGAAAGCUCCCCCCACCCGAGACUACCCGCUUCCCAAGGGUGGGGGUGAGUCAAAAGGACAUGGCCGUGGAUGAAGGGCUGCCCCCGCAGGCCUUUCUGGAAGGCUCUGGUGCUGGCUAUGCUUUAGCACUGGGUUUGCUCCCAGGCAGAAUCGCUGUGGCCCCACCACACUCCAGGGCCCCAGAGGCUGUCCCAUGAGCACAACUUCUCAGUCCCCAUGGUGCUGCCCACCUGCCAGGGAUGGGGGGAUGGCCCCCGGGAGAAGUGCUGCUGGCUUCUUCUGCACAAAUAGCUCUGUUCACAGAUGCCCUUCCCCCCAAGACCCCAGCCCCAUCUCAGCCCCAGACCCCCGAGCCUCCCAGAGCAACCCGAUGGCUCCGGUUCCUGAGCCCACAGGGUUCUGCUCCUUCCCAGACCCCAGGAAAGGCCUGACGAGGAUGGGGAGGGGGGCGUCAGGGAACACAGGGCUGCCUUUGCAAACUCUCCGGCUAAGACCUAGGGAGUCUUGGAGAAACUGGGUGGGCCUGCUGCAGUUAAACAGGUUUGGAACCCAUAGUGAAGGCGUGACCCAGUGUGUUUGGAUCCUGUGAGGCCUGGCUUGCCAGGCAAGGUGAACUCUGACGGGUCCCCUCACUGGGGGCAGGAACGUACUCGCCUCCCUUUGCUUUGC